UCGGACCUUAAGCGCCGCCACGCACUCCAAACGGACGGAGGCGCCCCGCUCUCCCGCACCAGCCUUCGCAACUCUCCGUCUCGCGCCGCCGCCGCCUCGCCCCACGUCGUCGCGCCUCCUCUCUCUCUUUCGGCCGGCUUCCUUGACUGCGCCGCGCCGGACUCUCCUAUCUCUCCCUCUUCGUUGCUCAUGGCGCCGCCGCCACAACCAAAGCAGCUGGUGCUCGCCGCGUCAUCUGCGGACGCGGGCGUGGCCGCCUGGGACCUCCGCACCGGCGCGGAGGACAUCCGCUUCCGCCCCUGCGCCUCCCGCCCUCGGUCGCUCGCCUCGGUCGCCGACCGCUUCCUCGCCUCCGCUCAGGCUCUUCCAGCUGGCGGCAACUCCGGGACCAUCCACUUCUACUACUGGGACAAGCCGCAAGUGGCCGUCAAGAGCUUUCCUGCUGAGCCGAUCCGAGCACUUAUCGCCGAUCAGGAGGGGAGCUACCUCAUCGGCGGUGGCAGCAAUGGCAAUAUGUUCCUUUGGGAGGUGUCUAGUGGAGAGCUUCUCCGCACAUGGCAUGCGCACUAUCGUGCUGUUAGGUGCCUUGCGCUGUAUGACUAUUUGCUUGUCUCAGGGUCAGAGGAUGGGAGUAUCAAAGUUUGGGAUCUCAUCACGGUGCUUGAUGAGCAGUCAAGGCUGGAGGCCCAGACACCAUACAUGUAUAGUUUCAGUCAGCAUGCACUGCCUGUAACUGAUAUUGCUUGUUUUCUUGGAGCAAUUGCUGUAUCUUCUUCAGAGGAUCGAACAUGCAAAAUUUGGAGUUUAUCUGAGGGUAGGAUGCUAAGAAGCAUUUCAUUUCCUACUAGCAUUGGUUCUGUAGCACUAGACCCAAGAAGUCAUAUUUUCUAUGCUGGUGGUAGAGAUGGAAAGAUAUAUGUUACUGCUAUGGGUGUUGAUCUCAGUUUUCAUGGUAGUGAUGAGUCAUCUAUUUUGGGCACAUUGGAUGACCACAGCAAGGCAGUAACAAGCUUAGCAUCAAGCACAGAUGGACUUCUACUUGUCUCUGGAUUUGAGGAUGGUAAUGUUCGGGUCUGGGAUACUAGAUGUCAGCAGGUGACCCGAAAAUUCAAACACUCCCAAGGUCCAGUAACCAAUGUUCUGAUAGUAACGCCACAACGAGUAAAUCUGCCACCACUACAACCAUUACGCAAAGUUUGCUCAGCAAAUGGGGAGGCUGAAUGGCGGGCAGUAGUUCUUCCUCGGCCUGAAAAUGAUGUUCCAAUUCCUGGAAAUAAAACCUCCAUCUUUAUGGAGCGCUACUUGGAUGAGCUUCAGAAGCAUGGUGGUUCUUCCAGGUUAUUUGAUUUCGAGCUGAAUGCUCAGAAUGGCACUCCAAACCAACAGGGAACAGAAUGGAGAGAUAGAUACUUGGAGUUGCAGGAUCUCUUUGUACAUGAGGUCCUCCAUCAGAUGCCAUCCUCGAGGAACCCAUGAUGCGCAUGCUUUGGAUAUCAUAGGUUGCUAUUGUCAAUUAAGAUCAUUUGCGGUAUUGAAACAGUGAUGGUUGCCAUUCGGGCCACAAACGAUGUAGAUGAGCUCUUUGGAGUAAUUCAACUGGUGGUGGCUGUGGGGUGUAAUUGAGGGUGCCUGACUGCCUUUGGCCGCGAGGAACUUUUCAGAUUCUUAGUAAAAUCACUAGAAUCGCUGCCAAAGUUCACUUGGAACUGAUUCUCAUUUUUGUACUAGUCUCGAUAAACACAAAAACCUAGUUUCUCUUGAUUCUAUUCUAGUUCUAAUUUUAAGAAUCCAGCGAGCUAGGUAAAUAAAGUGAUUUUGAUUUAUUAGAGAAAUGAUUCUUUCUCAAGGGAAUCUGGAUUUGAAA